AUGGGUAUAUGCUCUUCAAAAUCAUCAGAAAAAGAAUUACAAAAGGCUUUAUAUCUUCAAAGGUUAAAAGAAUUUAAAGCUAAAUUUAAAUAAAGCACUGCUGAGAUUAUACAAUUUAAUUUAGAGUUUAGAGAUGAACAAGACAAUGAUUUAUAAAAAGUAAAGUAUGUUAUCUCAGAAAAUCCAAUCAUUAAAAGAAGAAGCAAACAAUAAAAUGAAAUUGGUAUUCUUUCACUGACAGCUAAGGAAAAUGAAAAUUGA